AUGGGGCCGGCACCCUGCACCAAUGGCCUCCUCAUCGUCCUCCUCCUCGUGCUCGCCGUGGCCGACUUCGGGUCGGGGCAGCAGAACCCGCCUCCGCCAGGGGCGUACUACACGGCGAAGUUCAGCCCAUCCAGGGCCACCGUCAUCAUCGUCCUAAUCGUCAUCCUCACCUUCCCGACCAUGGCGUACGCCGACGUGAAGGAGCACAAGGCCGUCAAGGGCGCGCUGGAGUGCGCCGUGUGCCUCAGCGAGUUCGACGACGACGAGACGCUCCGCCUCCUGCCCAAGUGCUCCCACGUCUUCCACCCGGACUGCAUCGACACCUGGCUUGCCUCCCACAUCACAUGCCCGGUCUGCCGCGCGAACCUCGUCCCCGACGACACCGACUUUCCGGGCACCGGCGGUGAGCUGUCGAGUGUCCAUCCCGCUUCGCGGCCGCCGCAAGAGGUGCCACCGUCAGCUUCUGCAACGGAGGCAGCUCCCACCGUCGUCAUCGACGCGGAGGAGAGUGAGGACGAGAGGAUCAUCCGGGAAGAUACGGACGAACUGGCGCGCAUCGGCAGCCUGAAACGCGCGCUGCGCUCCAAGUCCAGCCGAGCGCCCACGCACUUCUCGCGUUCGCACUCGACGGGGCACUCGCUCGCUGCGCGAGCCAGCAGCUGCACCGGCACGGGCGCCGGCGUCGAGAGGUUCACGCUGCGGCUACCCGAGCCGGAGCACGCGGGCAGACUACGGCGCAUGAAGAGCCUCGCCGUGUUCACUGCCGGCCGCCAGGGCAGCACGUACCGUUCCCUCCGACUAUGCGGCGACGGCAGCAGCCGCAGCGGGACGAGAGUCCGGCUCGGCCAGUCAGGCCGGUGGCCAUCUUUCUUGUCGCGGACUUUCUCCGCGGCGUGGGGGGCGAGGUCCACCCAGAGUGCCGAGUUGGACGGGUCGAGCAAGGGCGGGAAGCCGGCGGCAAGUCAGUGGAGUGCAAAGACCACUAGACCAGGCGUGCGCUGCUGACAACGUGUUUAAUUUGACCGGGCCUUCCGUUGCGGUCAAAUGGUGUGUCACUCCAGCGAGAACCAAGGGUUUUUCUUUUUUCCUUACUUUUUUCACCCAAAUAACCGAUUUCCAAAUUAUCUCAGAAAUUUCUGAUUUUUUGUCUGAAUUAUUCAAACAAAUUUUGAAAUCAAAUAAGUAGUUUUGUUGCUUGAGCUUUAAUUUAGGAGUUUUAACUUAGCUAGCAUAUGUGCAUUUGGGUUGUUGGCAUAUGUCCGGCUACAUACUGAAUGAUUUUCCAGACACGU